ACUACCGUAUAUCCCCUAACUAGUACAUAACAACCCCCCCAUAGCUUUGUUUCUCAUUGAACCCCUCUCUUCUCUACAUCCCUUUGCGUUACAUCAUUAAAACCUGCUUGGUAAAAUGAGAGAGAUCCUUCAUAUUCAAGCCGGACAAUGCGGCAACCAGAUCGGAGGUAAGUUUUGGGAGGUCGUCUGCGACGAGCAUGGCAUUGAUCCUAAGGGGACCUACGUUGGAGACUCCCAUCUUCAACUGGAGAGAGUUAAUGUUUACUACAAUGAGGCUAGCGGAGGCCGAUAUGUUCCUCGGGCCGUGCUCAUGGACCUUGAGCCUGGCACCAUGGACAGUCUCAGGACUGGCCCUUUUGGCAAGAUUUUCCGGCCUGAUAACUUUGUGUUUGGGCAGAAUGGCGCUGGCAAUAAUUGGGCUAAGGGGCAUUAUACUGAGGGAGCCGAGCUUAUUGACUCUGUUCUCGAUGUUGUGAGGAAGGAGGCCGAGAAUUGCGAUUGCCUACAAGGAUUUCAAAUAUGCCAUUCCUUGGGAGGCGGUACAGGAUCGGGGAUGGGAACUCUGCUGAUAUCGAAGAUCAGAGAGGAGUACCCUGAUCGGAUGAUGCUGACAUUCUCGGUGUUCCCAUCGCCGAAGGUGUCGGACACGGUGGUGGAGCCGUACAAUGCGACGCUGUCGGUGCACCAGCUGGUGGAAAAUGCCGAUGAGUGUAUGGUGCUCGACAAUGAGGCGCUCUAUGACAUUUGUUUUCGGACACUCAAGCUCACUAAUCCUAGCUUCGGCGACCUGAACCACCUGAUCUCAACCACUAUGAGUGGUGUCACCUGCUGCCUUCGCUUCCCCGGCCAACUCAACUCUGACCUCCGCAAACUCGCUGUGAACCUCAUCCCCUUCCCCCGCCUCCACUUCUUCAUGGUGGGCUUCACCCCCCUCACCUCCCGCGGCUCACAGCAGUACCGCGCCCUCACCAUCCCCGAACUCACCCAGCAAAUGUGGGAUGCCAAGAACAUGAUGUGUGCCGCCGACCCCCGCCAUGGCCGCUACCUCACCGCCUCUGCCAUGUUCCGCGGCAAGAUGAGCACUAAAGAAGUCGACGAGCAGAUGAUCGCUGUCCAGAACAAGAACUCGUCCUACUUCGUCGAGUGGAUACCCAACAACGUCAAGUCCAGUGUCUGUGACGUGCCACCUAAGGAGCUGAAGAUGUGUGCGACGUUCAUGGGCAACUCAACAUCGAUACAGGAGAUGUUUAGGAGGGUGAGUGAGCAGUUUACGGUGAUGUUCAGGAGGAAGGCGUUCUUGCAUUGGUAUACCGGGGAGGGGAUGGAUGAGAUGGAGUUCACGGAGGCGGAGAGUAAUAUGAAUGAUUUGGUGUCGGAGUAUCAGCAGUACCAGGAAGCGGUGGCGGACGACGACGAGGAGGAGACGUAUGGGGAGGAGGAGGAGAAUUAGAAAGAGGGAGGGAGCUCAUGAUGCUUGUGUUUAUGACGUUUGAGCAAUUGAUUGUUUAUGUUCAGGAUAUUGUGGUGGUAUCUGUUGAGUUGGCUGUGGGAGUAAUUUGCUUGUUUAUGAUAGUUAUGCGAGCUUGUCAAAUUUGAGUAUUGAAUUGUACUUUGUAGAUAUGUAUGUAUCGUUGAAGUGGAUAUGUGUGGAUUGUUGAAGCGCUAGUUUUCUCGC